AUGUCGGCGCCGCCGCCGCUGCAGAUCCGCGAGGCGAACGCACACCUGGCGGCUGUGCACCGGCGCGUCGCGGAGUUGGAGGCGCGGCUGGACGCGGCGGAGCGCACAGUGCGCGCCCAGGCCGAGCGCCUGGCCCGCCACGACCAGCAGCUGCGCGCUGCCCUGGACGAGCUGGGCCGCGCCAAGGACUGUGAGAUUGCGGCUCUCCAGGAGCAGCUGCUGACCUCCGAAGCCACUGUCCACAGCCUGCAGGCUGCUGUACGCCAGAGGGAUGAGCUCAUUGGGCAGCUGCAGCCCCGGGCAGAGCUGCUGCAGGACAUCUGCCGUCGCCGGCCACCCCUGGCCGGGCUGCUGGCCUCCCUGGCAGAGGCUGAACGCCUGGGGCCCCUGCCAACCAGAGACCCCAGCCACCCAGUCCCUGGUGGGCCCAGUCCACGCCUUGCCAACAGCACUGGGGAAGAGGAGGACAGGGACCGCCUGCAGCCUGCAGUGUUUGGGACCACGGUGUGAGCCCCGGAGCACAGAUUACACAAUGGAGACAGAGUUCCACUGCUGUGGGUGUCCUUGGGGGUCACCAGUGUCCCAGAGGGGGCCCCGUGACAGAGCCGUAAUCCUUUGCAAGCAUCAAAACCUGCUAAAAAGUCAUAGAUUUCAAAUAGGCAGCCCGAGGCCCAAAGGCAUAUUUAGUCCAGAGAGAUUUUUCUUUCUUUUUUUAAGAUGUUAUUUUUAAGUAAUCUGUAGCUACACCCAAUGUAGGGUUUGAACU